UGAUGGAGUGAGUACGGGCCAAAUUUCAAAGCUGUAUCUAUGGAGUUGGGAAGAGUCGGAAAACUUUCAUCUCCAUCAAUAUUCCAAAAUACAGUCUUUCAAUAUCUCUCUCUUCACUUUUCCGUCCAAAUAUUUCGCUUCUUCUUUCCCUUAAGCUUGGCCUUCUGAAACAACCCACUUUCUCCUUUCAUUAGGAGUCUUUCUUUGGGACUAUCUUAAACCCUUCCUUCUUCCAGUCCAGGCCAGGGCUUUGCUCUCAGCGCUCAUGCAGCUGUAAUACUCACUAAUGGCACAGCCUCAGAUUGGUUAUCUGGUUGCUCUUAAUGAAAAGCAUGAGGAAGAUCCUGCAGUACCCCAAGUACCCAUCUUUCGGGGACUAAAUUUCAUCGGUAGGAAUUGCAUUUCCGUCUCGGAGAAAAGACUCAGCCGCAAGCAUCUGACUCUCACUGCCUCUCCCAAUGGUUCUGCGAGUUUGGUCGUGGAAGGAGCCAACCCUGUUGUCGUUAAUUCUGGGAGUACCCGGAAGAAGUUUUAUUCUCGAGAAAAUGGGACGAUCAGUAGUGGAGAUGUUAUAGAGUUAAUUCCAGGGCAUUACUUUUUCAAGUAUGUGACAUUGGGUGGUGACAAAAAUGUGCCAGUUUGUGGUGCUGAUAAUCUUGAGAGUGGUUCAAAUAAUGGUAGAGAGGCUGGGGAAAGUGAUGCAUUGAGUCGGAAAAGGUUAAGACAAACAUCCGAAACCAAUGUCUCUGAAAGGAAUUUAAAGAUUCCCGAGGUGGAAAAGAAGAGCAAGGUGGAAGGAAGCAACUCGGUGACUGGGAGUUCUGGGAGCUCAUUGUCUAAAAGAGACAGUAAUGAGGAAGCCAUACGCCACUUUCAUGUUUCUAUGGAUAAAUUGCCACAGACCUUUCGACUUUUGAGCGUACAAGGAUUGCCACAAUGGGCAAAUACCUCUUGUGUUUCUAUAAGGGAUGUGAUUCAGGGGGAUAUUCUCUUUGCUGUCCUAUCUAAUUACAUGGUAGACAUCGAUUGGCUGCUAGCUGCGUGUCCACUGCUUGCAAAAGUUCCUCAGGUUUUGGUAGUUCAUGGUGAGGGUGAUGGUACAUUGGAUCAUAUGAAGAGAAGCAAGCCUGCUAGGUGGAUUCUGCACAAACCGCCAUUACCCAUUUCAUUUGGAACGCACCACUCAAAGGCCAUGUUUCUUGUGUAUCCUCGAGGAGUGAGGAUUAUUGUACACACAGCAAACUUAAUCCAUGUUGAUUGGAACAACAAAUCUCAAGGUUUGUGGAUGCAAGAUUUCCCCUGGAAAGAGCAAAACAAGCCAAGCAAUGGAUGUCCCUUUGAGAAUGAUUUAAUUGAUUACCUUGGCGCAUUGAAGUGGCGUGAGUUCUCUGUUAAUUUGCCAACUCUCGGAAGUUUCACAAUCAAUUCAUCAUUUUUUAAGAAGUUUGAUUACAGCAAUGCAGAGGUGAGGUUAAUUGCAUCUGUCCCUGGAUAUCACACGGGCAAUAAUUUAAAAAAGUGGGGACACAUGAAAUUACGUACUGUACUCCAAGAAUGUACCUUUGAUCGGGAGUUUCAGAGAUCUCCUCUUGUUUAUCAGUUCUCCUCCCUGGGUUCAUUGGAUGAGAAGUGGAUGGCUGAACUUGCGGCUUCAAUGUCAUCAGGUUUAUUAGAAGAUAAAACUCCUCUGGGCCCUGGAGAACCACUAAUCAUAUGGCCCAGCGUAGAAGAUGUCAGGGACUCUUUAGAGGGUUAUGCAGCUGGAAAUGCAAUUCCAAGUCCAAUGAAAAAUGUUGAGAAAGCAUUCUUGCAAAAGUAUUGGGCCAAGUGGAAGGCAAGCCACACUGGCCGCUGUCGUGCAAUGCCACAUAUAAAGACAUACACUCGUUAUAAUAAUCAGAAACUUGCUUGGUUCUUGUUAACUUCCUCCAAUCUCAGUAAAGCUGCCUGGGGAGCUCUGCAGAAAAAUAAUUCUCAAUUAAUGAUCCGAUCUUAUGAGCUCGGGGUGCUUAUUUUACCAUUCAAAAGGCGCAGUUCUGGGUUUUCUUGUACCACUACAGGGAAAACUGUAGAGAAUAAAUGCGAGUCAUCAGAGAAUUCUAAAGCACAAAAAGCAGAGCUAGUGACUUUAAAUUGGCAAAGAAGCUCAAGUCCAGUUUGCUCAUCUGGUGAAGUAAUAAAACUACCUGUGCCAUAUGAGCUUCCUCCGCAGCCAUACUCCUCCGAAGAUGUGCCCUGGUCUUGGGACCGAAGAUAUUACAAGAAGGAUGUUUAUGGUCAAGUUUGGCCACGGCAAGUUCAGCUGUAUUCUAAUCAAGAUUCUUGAUAUUUUACAUGUCCAUUUCAUCUUUUUACUUGAAUUUCAACACAUGGGAACACUAGUGAUUUCAGACUAAUGGAUCUUCAUGUCAAUAUUAAAGCCAGAGUAUUUUCUUC